GCCUUGCCCAAAAAACACUUGGUCGAAGAGGGAGGUCAUGUUCAGGACGUGUCUGGCACAAGUCUCCCGGGCUGGCGCGUCGACCAGUUCUUCAAGUAGCUCAUUCAUCCACUCAUCUUCGGUCCUCUUCGCCAGACCGAAACUCACGAAAAAGGCCAGAAACGUAAAGAAAGUCGAGAAACGAGAGCAGGAAAUUGCCAACCGCCCGAGCCCCAUCUUAGGCUACCGGCCGGGCCAGGAAGAGAAGUGGAUCAACUGCUCCUUGGCCAAAGUCUUGUUGGACGAAGAUGAGUUCGCAUCACCCCCGGUCUAUGAUAAAACAGCACAUCCUGUUGGGACGGUAUACAUGCCGCAGAAGCUCGCGUAUGGUGUGACAGAAAAGGAGGCACGUCUUCUGUUCGACGAGCUCCCGUCAAGGUCGUCCGAACGUGAUUCCAUGGGCAUCACUCACGCCACGGGGAUUCUGUCAAGUCUGAACGUCGGAGUGGAGAAGGAGUUGAGGAAGGCAAAUAUGUUUGCGAAAGUCGUGGAUCUGCGGAAUGCGAACGCUGCUGGUAUCGCCUAUGAGAACAAACGGAGGAUCGUCAUCGAAUUCUCAACGCCUGAAAAUCCUUGGGACCCUGGUCGUACCGAAGUCCAAGCUGCCAUUCUGACGUACCGAAUCCGAAAUAUGUGGAAGCACUUGGCAAGUUCACGGCACAAGAAGGAUGUAGCUGGGAAACGUGCUUUGAAGAUGUUGGUGUACCAGAGAGCAAGAACGUUGAAGUACCUGAAACGGACGGACCGCGUGCGCUAUGAUAUCGUACUGGAACGACUGGGGUUGGAGCCAGAGAGUGUGGAAGGUGAACUGAUGGUUUAGUUCGACCGCGUUUCUAAUUCAAUUUCCAUUGCAUAUACAAUCUCUGAACCCAAACAUCCAGUGUGUCUCGAUGGGUGUUGGACCCAUUUACCGAUCUCAUUUUUUCCAGCUAAUCAUCAAGACAGGCAAGGCUGAAUAGCUGCGCGUUCCUGAUAUCGAGAGUAGCGCGAAAUAAGAUGCGACAAGGAACGGCAUCAUAAACUAGAAACGAAGCAUGCCGGAGACUUGCAAGCAACGCCAAUAUUGGAGGGAGAACAAAUAUAUU